UGUGUAGAUCGGAAAGUCUGUUGUUGUUGGGGAUUAAAGCUAUGGGCGGCGCUGUGUCGUCGGCCAAGUAUGGGUCGGAUAAUACUAAGAUGGUGGUAGAUACGUUAAAGAAGUUGCCAUUCAUGCAGAUGAUGGACGAUCGCUUGUUACAGGAAUUGGCUGUAUGUUUCCACGUAGUGAAGUACGCGAAAGGAGCGAUAGUUAAAAGCGACGCGGCAUCGGGUUUCUUCGUGGUCGUCGCAGAGGGCUCUGUAGAUAUCACGACUCUAUUGUCAACUUCAAACAGCAAACAUCUCGUGUCAGAGUUACUCUGUCAACGUAAGACUGGUGACUAUGUCUCGUUCGUUGCAAGGGAUCAGCUGGUGGCGCAGAUGAUGUGUGACGACAGCGAGGACGCGCCACGCACGGCUAAUGAGGCAAGAAAGAAGCUCGCAGCUCUGUUGGAACUUAAUCGCACUAUAGCUGAUCCAUUUGUUGGCUGUACAUUGCUGAAGUUAAACUUUGACAAGUUUUCGAAACUUCGAGCGAGGAUGACAGUACAUUCGGCUGGUAUGAAGAACACCGCUCGAUUCUCUGGUGGUAGGAAAGGUAAAGGCGGUAUGGGUGCAAUGACAGCCCCAGAAAAGCUGCACUUGAUGGGGUCCAUUGUGGAGUCUGAGGUGGUAAACUAUCUCGUUGAGAUCCCGUUUUUAGAAAAAGUUGAGAUGACACGGCUUGUCAUGCUGGCCAACAUGUGCUCGUACCUUUACGUCAGAAGAGGGGAGCAUAUAUGCGUAGAAGGAGAAAUAGGCGACCGGUUCUUUGUCUGUAUCAAAGGAACGUUGCAAGCUACUCUACAAGUCUCCCUCAAUGCAGCACAACCCACGUUUACUGCAUUGAAGUCAGGUACAAAAUCUGAGAGGAGAACGACAAUCGUAGCGCUGCAGGAGCAAGUUGAUGGAGCUUUUACCGACAAGAAGAUACAGGCGCUCAAACGUAUGGGCGCUGGGUCGUAUUUUGGAGAAAUAUCGCUUGUAUUCAAGAUCCCGCGUGUCUGUAGCAUCACCGCUCUGGACGACGCGCUACUGGUGUAUGUAGACCGUGCAGCAUUUUGUAAUUUUCUUAGAGUCGCCCCCGAUGCUGCGGUUGUUCUACUUGAGCAUAUGCGACUCAACUUUCUGGAUACCUUAAUUAAACAGGGCUGCGCUUUCCUGAACGCGAUUCCUCCCCUUAAACUACAGGAGCUCAGCUACAUGAGCGAGAUUGUAGACUACGAAUUUGACACGAUGAUUAUGCGGCGCGGUGACCAGCAAACUUGUUUUUACAUCCUAUUAAGGGGUGCUGUGGAGAUCAAUUACGGCAGUACCAACACAAUAGUAGAAGCUGAGAAUGAUGACGCAGAGGGUGAAGUAAACGUCAAUACCAAUGAGCUGGUGUUGGUACAUCCUGGAGGAUACUUCGGCCAAGAAGCGUUGCUCUUGAAUACUGUCUCUCUGGUUAAUGUGCGAUGUUUGGACCAUUGUCUGGUACUUAAACUUAUGGCUGAGAACUUCCACGAGUUUUUCUCGACGCUACCGGAGCUUUUCGCUGAGUUUUGUAUCAAAUGUCUUCGGGAAAAAACACGGCUGGAGCAUAUAAUGCAGCACUACGAAGGUCACAAAUUGUGGGCUGCAGACUGUGUCACGCGAUUUCGGCAUCAUGAAGUCUCGCUGUUCGAGUAUAUCGAAGACUUCAAGUGGCAAGCUGACAUCUCGGAGGACCGGAAUCAUGAACGUGCAUUGGUAAUUUAUCUUAAAUUUCUUGCAGACACUGCACCGACUCCGGUUAACAUAUCGUCUGAGGUUCUAGCUGUAUUGGAGGAUGAGUUGUCUUCCGAAGGUGUAGGACGUGACGUAUUUGCUGCCGUUCGACGGGAGAUUUUGGAAACGAUGGACGACGAAGCGUUCCAGGCCUUCAAAAGCUCUCGCGUCUUUCAAGAAUAUCUUACGAUGCUGCACUGUCCGCAAGCGGUUUACGAUUCUCUCACAUCAGAGGACGAAGAGCUACUGAGUAUGCGAUCGCAGACUACGUUAGCUGUACGGAGACGCACGACUCGGAAUGAUACAACCAAAACCGACCUUCCUGCACCCAAGCGAGCGUUUGGAUCGGGAUUCUCACUAGUUGGAGAUAAAUUCCGACGAAACUCAGCAACAGUAUUUGCUGUUGCAAAUUCGACGAAUACUGUGGACGCCGACAUGUUAGCACCGCUUGGAGCGCAAUCUAGGAGGAAAACGAAAGCAGCUGCAGGUGCUUCUAGGAAAUUGUCGACGUCCUUUGUGUUUUGA